AUGACUCCCUCGGUUACUUCCGGCACUUCCAGAUCUUGCUCCGUCAACAGCCUGAAGAAGUGGCUCUCCACCCCCAUCCGGAAACUCAGUGCAGACACCCGGCCCGGGAGCCAGAAGGAGGAGUGGGUGAAGCAGGAGGAGAGGCAGAAUGAGGAGGAGGAGCAGAGACUGUCACAGAGACAUGAGCAGGCAGCCAUCCUGUCUGCAGACACGAUGUUUAAAGAUCUGAGUCCUGAAGCUUCUCCAUCACAACAGAGUCCAAGCUGCAUCAGAGACUUCCUUCAGGGACCAGACUCGGGACUAGACCCAGGACCAGACCCGAGUCUCCACAAACUGAGGAUGGAGGAUCCAUCAAACCAGAGGUUGUCUCUUGCAGAAACAGAGGACAGAGAGGCAGAAUACGACAAGAGCCUAUUUGUGCUGACGGAGCUGAUCGACACAGAGAGACUCUAUGUGGAAGACUUGGGACUUAUAGUGGAGGGCUAUAUGACGGCGAUGACGAGGCAGGGGAUCCCAGAGGAGAUGAAGGGCAAAGACAGAAUCAUCUUUGGAAACAUCCAUCAGAUUUACGACUGGCACAAAGAUUACUUCCUGGGAGAGCUGGAAAAGUGUGUGUGUGACCCGGACGCUCUGGCCAAGUUAUUCAUCAAACAUGAGAGGCGUCUGCACAUGUACGUGGUUUACUGCCAGAACAAACCCAAGUCUGAACACAUCGUGUCAGAGUUCGACUGCUUCUUCGAGGACCUGAGGCAGCAGCUUGGCCACCGGCUGCAGCUCAACGACCUCCUCAUCAAACCAGUCCAGAGAAUCAUGAAAUAUCAACUUCUGCUCAAAGACUUUCUCAAACACUACAGUAAGGCAGGAAGAAAUGUGGAGGAGUUACAGAGAGCUGUGGAAGUGACGUGUUUUGUGCCAAAACGCUGUAACGACAUGAUGAACGUGGGCCGUCUGCAGGGCUUCGAGGGGAAGAUCACGGCUCAGGGGAAGCUCCUGCAGCAGGACACCUUCUCUGUGACCGAGGAGCAGCAGGGUCUGGUCCUCAGCCGCAGCCGAGAGCGACGCGUCUUUCUGUUCGAACAACUGGUCAUCUUCAGUGAAGCCAUUGACAAGAAGAAAGGCCUGUCUAUAGGAGGGUACACCUUUAAGAACAGCAUAAAGGUGGGAGGAGCCGUGCGCGAGGCCACAGGUUACACUGCCACCUACAGGCAGACCAUCUCCAUCGAGGCAGGGGAGGGGGAGGGGGACUGUCUGCACAUGAGGAGGGGGUAUCACCACGUCAUUCAGGGGUUCCCCAACUGCGUGGUCACAGACGGCGUCAUCAACUUCUUUUUGGCUCGAACAGAGAAAGUUCAACAGGUCGGGUUUGAUCCCAGAUUGGCCCGGGUCGCACACUUAGAGUUUUUCAUUGACGGCCUGGGCGCUCUGCACGUGGGCUCCUGCGAUGACGUCAUUGUUAACCACGCCACUAAGAUCCGGCUGCCGUGGAUCAGCCAAUCGGAGAGUGACAAAACCUAUGCCAAGUUCCGCUACCCGCCCGCCGCCUCGGACGCCACACAGACCAAGAACGGACUGCUGUUUUUCAAGAACCGCUUCCAGUGUUUGACUCAUAACUAA